AAGGAGCGCCUGGUACUUGUUUAAGCUCCUCCCCCGUCUUGGGAAUCCACCCAAUCGGGUUUUCUCCUGCUGCACAGGCCGGCACCUGCUGUUCGCCCCGCCCCUCCUCCUCCUCUGUAGCCUCGGUCAGAGGGGUUGACGGUUGGCGAGGAAGGUGCGCGAGGCGGAGCGGACUGAAAUCUGGAUUGGAAGCAAGUUAAAACUGAAAACAAACAAACAUUGCAUUGAUGAUUUAGGGAGACGUUGAAGGACAUGCUGCUUUGCUUAGCAACGUUAUUGCAAGCUAUUCAAGACACAAUGAAGCACCCAAUUAUGUUUUUGAAACGUUAAGGUUUUUGUCUUUUACUCUCAGCCAUGUUUUCUGUUGCUUUUUUGUUGGUCAAUGUUCAUGAAUGAGUCCUCAUUGUUGCAAUAACAGAAAAAUGCAGGGGCAGAAUUUAGUGGAAAUGCACAGUGCAGUGGAAGUUUCAAACCAGUCAUUUUUGAAAGCUCUGUCAGCAGAGAUGGGUGCCAUCUCUUUCAGUGAAAAUAGCGAUGGAGCUGAUGUGCAUCACUUAAACGAGAAUAGAAAUCUUGAUGAAAGCUUGGAAGUGGAAAUGGUUCAGAAAAGCCUUCCUAGCAAGAGUGGUGAUGAAAGAGUUUAUGAAGCAUUGCUGGAGGGCCCUCCUGACACAAGUGUAGUGGAAUCCAACAGUACCUGGGGUGACUUUGAAGGUUUCAGUGAGGUCAAGCUGGAGGACUUAAGAAACAGCCCAACGUCUUUGGAGAAGUUACAUGAAAAACAAAGGGAUACAAAUGUUGCAGAGUUUGACGACAGUCAGCCUACUACCUCAUCCAGACAGUUCUUUUCCGAAACAAGUGAACACAAUCGAAGAGAAACCUUUGGUAAUGUUCCAAUGAAGGCUGUCUUCAGCACUGAAGGUAUUAUUAAACUCAGCUUUCCAGAAGUUCCUGCACCACAGUUCUUGGAGAAAAUAAGCAGCUUGGAGCAAUUGCUUGAUACAAAAAUGGAAGACGCAAACAUUCCUGAAUGUACAAAGAAACAACUUUGCACAGACUCUGCAAACUUAUGGAAAACCCUUACUCACUCCAGUAACCCAUCUGGUUUAAGAUGUCUUUGGGAUAAAUCUCAUUAUCAGGAAAACCUUUUAGCUGUGCUUGGAAUAGACACUCAUCAAAAGGCCCUUCCAGAAGGCAAGGAUGAUAUUUUGGAGAAACUCAAUGCUACAGAAAAUGUAGACUCCAGUGUUGACAAAUUCAACAUUGGCACGUGUAAAGGACUAAUUCAAACCAAGCUUUCUGUAUCUCCUGAUCUGAGACAGAACCACCUCUUUACUUAUAACCUGUUCUUGAAGAAGACCCCAUCCAGUGGGAAUAUGCAAUAUAUCACGGUUCCACAAAAGAAGAGGAUUUUUACUACGCAAAACCUAAGGAUGAAAAUGUUUAGCAGCAAUAUUUGCUAAUGCAAAUAUUUAUUUUGUUUUAUCACUUUCUAAAUAAUAAUAAUACUGCAUUACUAAUUUUUAAGAUGAGCAGUGCUUUUGGGGGAAGAAAACAAAAACUUCCAUUUAUUUCACUUCAUUCUACAGCCUGGGAGAUAGUUUGGUCAUGACUCCACCAAGGGUUGGUGAUAAACCAUGAAGUUCUGUCUCAUGGUAGACUAGCUAGGAUGAUGCUUUUACCGAUGGAGGAUGUGGUAUGCCCUGCUAAUUCGCUCCCACCAUUACGAAACAUCCUUGCAAGCAUUUUUCAAACCCUUCUACCUGUACCCCAAAUUAAAACACGUGUGUUGUGUUUGUGUGCCUUGUCACCUCUUUUUUUUUUCCCCUGGCUGCUUCUACGCAGGCAUUGAUAUCUGGAUAUGUUAACCCUGCCUGUGCUACUGUUGAUCUCGGCUCCCACUUUUGGGUCUUCACUAAUUUUACUGGCUUAUGAAUUGGCUUUUUUGCUAUCUUGAACAUCUGCUACAGUUUUUGCUAUCUUGGUUUGCAUCUGACCUGCCCUUCAGUGCAACUCACAUCUUGACUUGUCUCCUUAUGGGGUUGGAGACAAAUUCUAAGACAGGUUACUAUUGGGCAGCAUACCCUAAAGCAGUGGCUUGCAGACCUUUUCACUUCAGGAAACCCUUUUUGUAUCACAUGGCCUGCUGUUGAACCUUGGCAUGCGGAGAACUCUGGGGAAUACUGUUGCCACUGUUGAACUUUGUGGGCCUGGAUACCCUUAAACACACGGAACCCUCUCCUGUAGCUCUACAUUGCAGAGGAAGAGUGAUUGUCAUGUCAUUCGGGAAAACUUGCUGGUAUGAAUUGCCUUGUCAAGGAAUUUCCCCCAUGGUUUGUUCUAGAGCAAAGGAUUCCAUCUAAAUUAGGACGUUUUGCUCAAAUGUAAUGAACUAGCACCUUGCCAUCUUUUAAACUUUAGGCAUUCAUGCCCCUACCCUGCUAGUACUCCUAUAUCGCUUUAACAUCCCCCUUGCUUCUGUAUAUUCUCUCACUCCAUGCCACAUAAGAUACAUCCUAGCACCUUAAGUCUUGCAGUAGUUAACUCCUUUCUUUUAGCACUGCAGCUUUGGGGAGAAGCGAUGAGCUUAAAUUCUAUCUCCAUCUAACACCUUGGGAUGUGGGGUGGAUUGCUUACUUCUCCCACUUCCAUUCUUUAACAUUCUAUCAUUUAGAGAAGGCAAGUGGAUAAUCUUGCUCAUGUUUUAUAUUUAUAUUAACUGUAAUUUAAAUUCUGAAGCUGCUUUAAGGCUGUGAAAUCCUCUAAGGCCUUCUAGUCCACACCUACUGGUUUAUUACUUGCAUAUGCUUGGGCUGGCCUGGAUUUUGUCUUGCUGGCCAGUACAAGUGACGGGAGAAGCAAGGGUCUGUCUCAGCGGUGCAGUAAAUAAAUGCCAGAGUGAAUGCAGCUGAAUUUUCACUGAAGUGUGGUUAAGAUCUGUGUGGAUUGUGUUCUCAGUUUGGGAGUAAAAUUUGUUUGGCACUAUAGUCCAUAUAGGAGAAACUUUUAUGUAAUUACUUGUUUUAAUAGCAAAUGUUCAGUUCAACUUCCAGCUGCCUAUGUAUAGUAGCUGUUUAGCAAUGGGUGGGCCAAAGUGUGUGAUGAAAAAAGUUACAAGGCCUCCCAUGUAUCCACAUGUGUGGAAGUGCCUGUAAUCUUGACAAACCUGAAGUUUGAAAAAUCCAGACCUUUUAGAGGACAGAUAAUAAAGAACUAACAAGUCUGCACUGAUUUUUUUGUAACACUGCCUUUAAUAAAAU